AUGGCCGACGUGGAAAUGGAUGUCGACGUCGACGUCGAGGCGGGCUCUCCUCCCCCCGUGCGCAACGAAUCCGACAUGCAAACACAUUCAAAGGCCACCGCUGUCCGCUCUAUUGAGGGUUGGAUCAUUGUCGUUACGAACGUACACGAAGAAGCCGACGAGGAGGCUCUACAGGAUCUGUUUGGAGAAUAUGGCGAGAUCAAGAACAUGCACCUGAACCUCGACCGAAGGAGCGGUUACGUCAAGGGAUACGCCCUCAUCGAAUACACGACAUUGGAGGAAGCUCGCGCUGCCAUCGACGGCGCUCACAACCAAAAACUUCUCGAGCAAUCCAUCUCGGUGGACUUUGCUUUCGUACGACCCCCACCUGGCAAGCCUGGUCGCGGACGAGGCGCUGGUGGACGAAACCGCAGCGGCCGAAGCAGGAGUCGCAGCCCCGAGGGCAAGGAUCGCGAGGAACGUGAGGAACGUGAGGAGCGCGAUUGA